AAUCCACUGACAAAAUGGAGAUUGUUCACUUUUAAGAUAGAUACAAUAUUAAUGCCAAGCAGAAACGUAUCUGUCCUCACAAAAGGAAAAGUUUUCUAAGGCCUAGAUGACGAAAACUGCAAAGGCAUGCAACUUGUUAACAACAGAGAUCAUCCGCAUACUUUACGAAUUAAACCUAACUAUAUUACUUUCUUUCUGGAAGGUUUGCAGAUAUUUGCCUAUGCUGCAAAUCUUGGCGACAAAUAUUUUCAGAGUGAAACGCAUUAUUUACCAGCAUAAUUAUAUUCCGUGCCAAUAUAGAUCUAAAGAUGUGAAAAUCGAUGCAGACGUUAAAUUCUAGAAUAAGUCAGAAGAAGUUUUAUCUCUGGAAAUCGAAAUAAAGUUUUCGUUAUCUCUCGACGAAAUCGAGGCUUGAAUACAUAUAAUUAUUGUAUCAGAAUUCCUGAUGUCGUCUUCGCAGCCGUCAUUAAAUAAUUCUACUUUAGCUGCGCAGCAAAGCACAAAUGAGCACCAGACCCAAGCUGGGAACGAGAUUUCACAUGAAGAGCAGACGUCAUCUGAGCAGCACGCGACGUUUGUACAGCAGUCUUCUGUUCAGCAGACGCUAUCACAGCAACAUACGACAUCUGAGCAACAGACCACAACACUUUCAUCAAACACAACACAUAGUUUUGAACCUAUGAUGACAGUUAUUAACAAAAUAGCAGACGGACAACGAGUUCCGCCACAGACAACUAUGAAAUAUGAAAUGUUAAGGUUUUGCACCCUUCGAUCUUUCCCGAAAGGGAACAAACCUUAUAUUACCAGAUUGGCUGGUGCAGGAUUUUAUUACGCAAACGAAGGAGAUGAAGUCGUCUGCUAUUGUUGCGCGCGACGUAGAAGAAAUUGGACAGAAUUCGAAAAUCCUUUAGAAGUACAUAGAGAAUUAAAUCCAAACUGCAGUUUCCUCAUUCGUAAUUCUGAAGUAAAUGUCUCAGUAAGACAAAGUAUUGAAAGUUCUACAGCAGAAUCUCACUCAAACCUAACAACAAUUAAUAGAGGCCAGUCUAACACCAAUUUUCGUAAUGAAUUAACGGAAGUGAAUGUGUCGUCUGCAGUUGUGACUGGUUCACAAAUUCAAACGAAUCAAAACUCUGAAAACUCAUCUUUUGCAAGCAAUGUGCUUUCAUCAAGAGGAGGGAACCAGUCUGUUUCACUACUUCCUGUUGAUGUUCCGCAAACUACUAUUGAGAACCAGUCUUCAAAUAAUUCUACAGGAAACGUAUCUUCGUCUGUGACCCCAAAAUACCCUAAUUAUGUCAGCACGACAUCACGGUUGUCGAGCUUCAAUGAUUGUGGGGACAUCGUCAUACCACCAGACCGCCUGGCACAGGCCGGCUUCUUCUACGCCGGUUUUGGGGAUUGUGUCCGAUGUUUCCAAUGUGGAGUCGGAUUACGUCAUUGGUCUGAAGAAGAUGAUCCGUGGAUAGAACAUAGUAGAUGGUCAAAUGAAUGUUCAUACGUACGACAGAUUAGAGGAAGAGAGUUCGUAAAUAUCGUGCAGAUGGCUGUUCAGUAUUCACAAAACCAAACCGAAAAUGAAACAAUUUCAACACAAGGAACUGAAGGCAUAGCAGGCAGAGGUUCCGGAAAUGCGUCUGCAGACAUAGAUAGACUGAUGCACACAAACGCUGCACAAAGCGUCUUGGAGAUGGGUUAUCAUCCUGACGUCAUUAGAAGAGCUAUCAGAAUGGUCCUGUCCUCAACAGGACAUGGAAUUUUAACAGCUACUAACGUAAUGGAGAAAAUCUUUGAGAUCGAAGACUCUGAAUCUCAAGAAAAUACUGCACCUGAGAAUGCGGCAUUACGCGCACCUGCAAACACUGAAGCACGCGCACCUGCAAACGUAGAAGCACGCGCAUCUGCAAACGCAGAAGCUCUCGCACCUGCAAACGCAGAAUCACGCCAAAGUAACAAUGAAACAUUUACCACAACAACACAGGAAAUACAAGGUUUAGGAAAUAGACACGAAAGCACAACUCCUCAAAACACCCCUUUAAAAAAUGUUAGUGGUGCUGUUGCCAGGGGUAACAAGAAACUGCUUAAUAAUGGUUCGUCUGAGAACCAACAGGAAACUGCGACACGUCAUAAUGAUGACGACAAAACGUGUUCUGGGAAUGUAAAUGGGGAUGAAAGCCAAGGCAGACAACAGAACGUGUCAACUAUGUCUUCAGGCGGAAGUAAACGGGAAAUUUCAAAGCAGACGACAAGUCCCGCAAGCCGCAAGAAAUUUUUAUUUUAAAAUAUAAAUUAUCCAUCUAAUGAUCUUAAGUAACAAUUAACUUAAUUCAUCUUGUGUUUGCAUUUUUACACUACAAUAACAAGAAAUAAGUUUGAUUUUUACCCCCCCCCCCCAACAAAAUCAUUGUCAAAGUCU